AGCUUGACAACAACGCGGCUGUUUGUUGUCUCUAACCAACGUAAACGUCAGUAAACAAACACCUCUGCUUCCUACACGUGUUACAUGUUGAGUUUCUGAUUUAGUCGAAGUUAUAAAAACACAAGAAGAAGAAAAAGAAACACGUGGUUUCCCGUUAAAGUUGUUUCAAAUGUCAACAUGGCGUCAAAGAGCGACCAGCUGCUCAUCGUUGUGUCCGUCCUGGAAGGUCGCCACUUCCCAAAGAGUCCCCGUCUCAGUCUGGUGGUCCAGGCAAGCUUCGAUGGCGAGCAGCUGGCCACGGACCCAGUAGAGCACCGAGACCAGCCGCACUUCAGCACCGAGCUGGCCUGGGAGCUGGACCGCCGGACGCUGCACCAGCACAGACUGCAGAGAACUCCCAUCAAGCUUCAGUGUUUUGCCGUCGACUCUGUGACGAAGAGGAGCGAGAGCGUCGGCUACAUCGUCCUCGACCUCCGGUCUGUGCAGGAGGUCCAACAGGAGCCUCGCUGGUUCCCUCUGCUGAGCAGUAAAUACACCAAACUGAGACCAGCGCUCCUCCUCAGCAUGUCUCUGGAGAACGACGCCAAACCCUCCGAACCCUCUCCUGAUAGGUUCAAAGCCAAGAAGGCCCCGCCCCGACAAGGUCCUCCUGCAGUCACUGACCUGCUGCCAGACAGGCUGGAGGCCUCACUGAUCCCAGACCAGGGCUACCAUCAGGUCGGACCUGCUGACCUCUGCUCUGACAUGUUCAUCCUGUCCGUCACUGUGGCCUUUGCUACCAAACUAGAGCAGCUGAUCCCCAGCACCAUGAAGCUGUCAGCGGAGGAGUCGGGUUUCUUCUUCUACUACUCUUUACUGGGUAACGACAUCACCAGCGAACCGUUCAACAACCUGCUGAGCCCCGACUUCGAGCCGGAGCGCGCCACCGUACGCAUCCGCAGCAGCAAACAGAUCCUGCAGAACUUCCUGUCUCAGCAGCCCAGUUUACAGAUCCACCUGUGCUGUGGGAAUCACUCUCUGGGCAGCACCGACGUCUCUCUCUCUGCUCUGUCCGCCGUGUCUGUGGAUCUGGAGAACAAGGCGGCGACAGUGGAGGGAGCGUUUAUACUCCAGCCGCCUAAACGCACCAAACGGACGCUGCCGGCUCUGCCCGCCGACCUGCAGCCAACCGUGGGGGUGGCUGUCACCCUGAGGAGGGAGGAGGUCACACCACAGUCUUUAGGGACUAAAGAAGCUCAGAAACACUCCGCCCCUCCACCCUCGGUUCCUCCGGCUGCACAGAGACCUCGCAGCUCCUCUCCGGCUCUAAAACCUCCAGUGUCAUCUCCGCCUGGUCCUCCUCUUCCUCCUCUUUCCUCUCACACAGAGAGUGAAGCUGAGAGUCUCCUGGAGGAGCUCCAGCGAGGCAAAGAGCCGGCAGGACUGCUGGCAGCUGCAGAUCUGGAGCUUCCUGUGCAGCAGCAGCAGAGUCGGACUGAAGCAACAGCAGAAGGCGGAGCGUCCUCCGUCAGUGUCUCUGCUCCCAAAGUGUCCAUCCCCUCCUCCGCCCACCACUACUGCUUCUCUCUGGACCUCCGCAGCCUGAAGAACCUCAGCGUGACGCAUCCCAUCGCUGCUACGCUCAGGUAUUCGUAUCAGUUCUUCGGCAGCGCGGCUCCCAUCAUGACCAACCCUCCUGUGGAGCUGCAGAGGAACAUGGAGGCGUCGCUGCCUCAGUCCUACUGCGCCUUCGACUUCGCCGCUCUGCCACAACAACUACAGGACACCUUCCUCAGAGUUCCUUUGGUGGUGGAGGUCUGGCACAGGGACUCCACCAGCAGAGACCAGCUGAUUGGACGAGCCUCCGUCCAGCUGUCUCACCUGCUGAGCUCUGAGAGGACCGGACUCCUGGCAUCGACGGGGGAGCAGAGCUGGAGGCAGACUCACCAGGACCGGAUCCCCGUGGUCACGACACAAAGUCCCGGUGAGAAGGUGGCAGAGUUGAGCUAUGUGGCAACGCUGGAGGACCUCGGGUUGGUCAAAGCCAGAGAGGUCAUCGUGUCUGACUCUUCACAGAGUGAACCCGCGGCCCCGGCCCAGCCGCCCCCCACCCUGCAGCACCCGGUCUGAAUGUGGCCCCCCCCGACGGCCCCCAGAGACACCCUGGAGUACCGCACGGCCCUGGAGCUGGAGCUGUGGAAGGAGGAGCAGGAGGACCUGUUUGAUGAUCAGUUGAAGAGGAAGGAGCUGAGUCACAUGAAGGCUCUGGCAGAGGAGUGGAGGAGGAGAGACCGAGAGAGAGAAGCUCUGGUCAAGAAGAAGGAGGUGGAGUAUAAUCUGCUGGAGGAGCAGCUGCAGAAGACUCUGUCUGAUCUGGAGAGAAGAGAGAAACAGCUGGUUGAAGCCGAGCUGGAGACUCGGAGGCUGCAGAAGGAGCUGAGGGCCGAACACGAUAUGACCCAGAGGGAGCUGCAGGAGAGCAGCAGGAGGCUGCAGCUGGACUGUGACCACCGGGUGGCGCUGGAGAGAGACAAAGUCCGACUGAUGGAGGACGAGAGAGCCCGUCUGCUGCAGCAGAUCACAGACGGAGAGUCUCGGUACAAACAGCUGGAGAAAGAGUUCCAGCUCUACAGAGAACAACAGAACGUCAGACCAGAGUUCAGACUGCAGUCAGAGGUCAACCUGCUCACUCUAGAGAAGGUGGAGCUGGAGAGGAAGCUGGAGUCGACCACCAAGUCCAAGCUGCACUACAAGCAGCAGUGGGGUCGCGCCUUAAAAGAGCUCGCCAGAUUCAAACAGCGGGAGCAGGAAAACGCCAUGACGCGUCUGAAGAAGCAGCAGGCGGAGCUGGAGGCCAUGAGGCUGCGUUACCUAGCAACCGAGCAGAAGGAGGCGGUCCACCAGGAGAGACAGGAGCUGGACGACAUCAGGAACGAGCUCAACAGAUUAAAGCAGCAGGAGGACAGGUUAGGCCCCGCCUCCUCCCUGGGUGGCCCCGCCCCCACUCCGCCCCUGAACGAGGCCUCAGGCGAACACCUGAGCCGCCUGCUGGAGGAGAGAGACACUCUGCUGAGGACCGGCGUCUACACCCACGAGGACCGGAUCAUCGCCGAGCUCAACAGACAGAUCCAGGACUCCAUGAGGGACAGAGGGGACCUCUGACGGCCAAUCAGGAGACAGCAGGAGAUGAAGCCACUGGUCUGUCACCAGUUCAUACCCCCCCACUCCUCCUCAGAUCCCAGUGAGCCGACCCCUCCCUCCCCAGAGAC